CUGACCUUCGAUCCUCUUCUUCUCGAACCUCGCGGCAUUCUUCCACCCUUUCCGAACCUUCUCUCGCCGUGAAAUUGUCCCAGAAGGAUUUUCUUGGGUCUUGUGAAAGACUUGCCGCAGAGAUGAAUCCCACCCUUCCAUCAUGGAAGGAUCGGACGCAAAAUCAGUUCGGGAAGCUUCAAAUCCAAGUACCAUGGCGCUCAAUCCAGCUCUUGGUGCCGCACCGUAUGCGACGGAAGAUUCGGUCGAAGCUGAGGAGUAGGAUAUCGCCCACCUCGUCGAUAUCUUCGUUGCAAACCUCGUUCUCGCCUGUGGACACGCUCCGGUCGCUACAAAGCCAUCGGUGGACGACAUACGACUUCCAAUAUCUGCUAUUGUUGAUCGUCGCGAUUUUCUCAUUGACAGUCAUUGAGUCGCCCGGGCCUUUGGGGAAGACUGCCAUGUUUACUGCGUACAUUGUUGCUCUUCUACUUCCUAUCACUCGUCAGUUCUUUCUGCCGUUUCUUCCGAUUGCUGGAUGGCUUCUGUUUUUCUACGCUUGCCAGUUCAUUCCGAGCGAUUGGCGUCCUGCUAUCUGGGUCCGGGUGCUGCCGGCUUUGGAGAAUAUCCUCUACGGCGCCAACAUUAGCAACAUCCUGUCUGCUCAUCAGAAUGUUGUGCUCGACGUGCUAGCAUGGAUUCCAUAUGGUCUCUGCCAUUACGGGGCUCCUUUCGUCGUUUCUCUGAUUAUGUUUAUUUUUGGGCCUCCCGGCAUUGUGCCCAUCUUUGCGCGGACUUUCGGCUAUAUCAGUAUGCUGGCAGUCACCAUUCAGCUGUUCUUCCCCUGCUCGCCCCCGUGGUACGAGAACCUGUACGGUCUGGCACCAGCAGACUACUCGAUGCAAGGUAAUCCUGCAGGUCUUGCUCGCAUUGACAAGCUCUUGGGCAUCGACCUCUACACCUCAGGCUUUAAGCAAUCUCCGGUUGUCUUCGGUGCCUUCCCGUCGCUGCACGCCGCCGAUUCGACUCUGGCAGCACUUUUCAUGAGCCUGGUUUUCCCUCGCCUGAAACCAUUGUUUGUGACGUAUACCCUUUGGAUGUGGUGGGCAACCAUGUAUCUGUCCCACCACUACGCGGUUGACCUGGUUUGUGGUGGACUUUUGGCCACGGUUGCGUUCUAUUUCGCGAAGACUCGGUUCAUGCCUCGCGUUCAAUCCGACAAGAUGUUCCGAUGGGACUACGACUACGUGGAAUACGGCGAUUCAGCUCGGGAAUAUGGCUAUGAUCUGGCAGGCUACGAUGGCGACUUCAACCUUGACAGUGAUGAGUGGACGGUUGGCUCAUCUUCCUCCGUCUCAUCCGGCUCUCUGAGUCCCAUCGAUGACCACUACACCUGGGAAGGCGAGGCUCUUGCUUCCCCUGCCUCCGAUAUCGAGUCCGGAAGGCAUAUGUUCAGCCCGUGAUUCAGCCUUCAACUUGCAUAUACCGCACUCGCGUGUUUCAUCUAUUGACGAACGGCGUUUUGACCAUUUUACGACAUGCUGGAUUCUUAUUGCAUUGAGCAGAUUUCGACACAUAUAUUUUUAAUACGCCUGGUUUCCUCCUCGGCACAUCCGGCUUAAUGACACCCCGGAUCGCGCCGUUUUUUCCUCACACAUCUUCUACUGUACAUGCAAACGCUGUUGCGAAAUUAGUCGGGCUGUAUGAUGCGAUCCUACGGCCCCGCGUCUCCUUGAAACUCCGUCAAUAAUCUUAAUUCAAAAGGUCUAGCGGGCUUGGCGCGAUUUUCGCUGCUGAAGAGC